GAGGGAGAGAGGAGGAGGCGGGCUGAGCGGCGGGUCUGUCGCGGCCGCAGACUUCAGUUGGCGCGUUCCGGCGGAGGCGGCGGAGGAAGGUCAUGCGCUCUUGGCCGCGUGUCACCUUCAGCGCAGGAACGGACACGGCCACCGGCGGAGUAACUGAAAGCGGGAUGGGCGAGGAGGCGUGUCCUCACAAGCCACAGACACCUGGCCACCUCCGACUCGUUUACGUCCUACUUCCCGUCGCCGGCGUGCUGGGCGGCGUCAUACUCGUGCUGGCGCUGACAGGUGUGAUUGGCGGCCAUGUCUCAGACUCCAGCCUCCUACCUUCCCCCGAACCGAUGGCUGACAGGGAAGCUGGUUACCGUGGCAACGGCACAAGCCCCUCCCCCCGAGCGCAUGGAUCCCAAGCCACGCCCACGCUGCAAAUCUCAACAGCCGCCGAACUGCUGACGUCCGUCACUUCGCUGAGCUCCACGUGGCUGACCAGUGCCACUUCUGCGCCGGACUCAGGCGGUUGUCAGGCACUGGCGGAGCCUCAGUGUCACAUGUUGCCAUACAACCAAACAUGGCUGUCCUCUGCCGUCGCCGUGGUGAAGAGCUCGGAGGUGGACAUGUUGCUAAGGUUCUUCAGCUACCUGAGUAGACUGUCCUGCUACAAACACAUCAUGCUGUUCGGCUGCUCUCUGGCCCUGCCGCAGUGUUUCCAUGACGUCGGCACUCGGCACAGGUGGGUGACGUUGCCGUGCGCGUCUUUCUGCGAGGCGGCCAGGGAAGGUUGCGAGCCCGUCCUUCAGAUGUUCAACGCCUCCUGGCCCGACUUCCUACGCUGCUCGCAGUUCAGCCGAGCCGCCUCCUCUUCGACCUCCGCAGCGCCCCCUGCCUGCUACACACCCCGACAGGCUGUGGGCAAACCCUCAGUGGCGUGCGGCGAGAAGCACGACUUCCUGUGCGCCACAGGGAUUUGUAUCCCUCAGAAGCUGGUGUGCAACGGCUACAACGACUGCGACGACUGGAGCGAUGAGGCGCACUGCGUGUGUUCAGAGACGGAGUUCCGCUGCUCAACGGGCCGCUGCCUGGCGCCGGCUCUCCUGUGCGACGGCUACGACGACUGCGGAGACCUUAGCGACGAACGCGACUGCGUUUGCGACGCGUCGCGGGAGCAUCGCUGUGGCGACGGCCGCUGCAUCUCCAGGGACUGGCUGUGCGACGGCGACCACGAUUGUCUGGACAAAAGCGACGAGCUCAACUGCUCGUGUCGGAGCCAGGGUCUUUGGGAAUGCCGUAACGGCCAGUGUAUUCCUCCGGCGUUCCGUUGCGACGGCGAGGACGACUGCAAAGAUGGCAGCGACGAAGAGCCUUGCAUGCGCCAGCUGUCUCCCACCGCGUGCCCUCCCGCUCAGGCCGGCUGCACCGCUACUUCCUGUGACGCGCAGCACAACAAUUGCAGCGUGUCAGCCAGCUGCGAGCCAAUCAGCUUGGAGCUGUGUAUGAACCUGCCCUACAACCACACGCGCUUCCCCAACUUCCUGGGUCACGUGUCGCAGCGGGAGAGCUCCGUCUCUUGGGAGUCGUCGCUGUUCCCGGCGCUGGUGCAGACGGGCUGCUACCAGUACCUCAUGUUCUAUGCUUGCACGCUACUCGUACCCAAGUGUGACCCGCUCAGCUUGAGCACCGUACCACCUUGCAGGUCUUUGUGUCGCACGGCCAAGGAGAAAUGUGAAUCGGUUCUCGGUAUCGUGGGAUUGCAGUGGCCGGACGAUUCCGACUGUGCUCAGUUUCCCGAAGAAGGCAGCGACUCGGCGUGCCUCCUGCCCGAGGCCGGUGUGGACGAGUGCUCCCCCAGUCACUUCAAGUGUCGCUCUGGACGUUGCGUCCUGGCCAUCAAGCGUUGCGACGGCCUUGCAGACUGCGAUGACCGCAGCGAUGAAGAUGGCUGCGGCUGCGCCGAGCGUGCUCUGUGGGAAUGUCCCGGCAGUGGCGUUUGUAUCAAGACCGGCAUGAUCUGUGACGGAUUCCCAGACUGCCCCCUGAAUGCCGAUGAGGUCAACUGCUCGGCAUGUGGAGAUAACGAGUUAUCGUGCAACAAUCACGAGUGUGUGCACAGGACGCUGUGGUGCGACGGGAAGAAACACUGCACCGACGCCUCCGACGAGUGGGACUGCGUGUCCCUGAGCCAGUCUGGUUCCGUUGUCACUGUGUCGAGGACGGGUGACGGCUAUCACGUAUGCGCAGACGAGUGGAAUCGGCAGCUCAGCAAACUGACCUGUGACCAGCUGGGACUAGGGGUUCCCGUCUCCGUUUCCACGGUAACCAAACACGGCGGUCCACCGGGUCGCCGCCGCUGGUUGCACGUCCAUCCCGCGUGGGAGGAGAGGAAAGGAUCGUCUCUCCAGGCGCGCCUCGAGAAGAGGAGUCACUCGUGUCAUUCCGGACGGCGAGUGGCUCUGGUCUGCGUCAGAGACGAAUGCGGCCUGCGCCCGGCAGCGGGCGCGCAGCCCCCAAGGCGGAAGAGGAUUUUGGGGGGCCGGGUGGCGCGGCGGGGGGCGUGGCCCUGGCAGUGCUCGCUGCAGAGCGGUCAGAGCGGUCACGUGUGCGGCUGCGUCCUCAUCGGCAGGAAGUGGGCUUUGACGGUGGCGCAUUGCUUCGAGGGGAGAGAGAAGGCCCACCUGUGGAAAGUCGUCGUGGGUCUCAACAACUUGGACCACCCGGGUGUCCACAGUCAGAGGCGCGGCGUACGGGCCAUCACAGUCCACCCGCGCUACAACCGCGCCGUGGUGGACUAUGACAUCAGCGUGGUGGAGCUGGACUCAGAGGUGGAGGAGACGGAAUGGGUCCGGCCUGUGUGUCUGCCUGGACCCGAUCAGAUUCCCACUCCAGACUCGUAUUGCUACAUCACAGGAUGGGGUCACAUGGGCAACAGGAUGCCCUUCAAGCUGCAAGAGGGACAGGUCCGGAUCAUCUCCAUGCCCCAGUGCCAGUCCUACUUCGACAUGAAGACCAUAACUCCCAGGAUGCUUUGUGCCGGUUACGAGGCCGGGACCGUUGACUCCUGCAUGGGCGACAGCGGCGGUCCGCUGGUGUGCGAGGAAUCGUCGGGGGGCCGCUGGACGCUGUUCGGCCUGACGUCCUGGGGCAGCGUUUGCUUUAGCAAAGUGCUGGGACCCGGCGUGUACAGCAACGUCAGCCACUUCACGCCGUGGAUACGCCGGCAGAUCUUCGUGCGCACGUACCUGCCCGAAUGACGCGUGCCUCACUUCCUGUUUUCGGGAGGAAGUGACGCUGCAGCGCGCACGCCGAGUCGACACCGUUAGCCUUGAUGCUAGCUGCUGGAACAAUAACAUGACGUAAGCUAACACGUUAGCCCCUUUGAGCAUUUAUUUGACAGCCUUGACAUUCAGGUUAAGGUCCAUGUACGAGUCGGUACUAGUCAAGUAGAACAACUAAGGCGCACUAGUGGAAUGACUGCGUCUUACCAAAAAUGUUUUUUCCCCUACAAGUGCCACUUUUAGCCUGCGAGUACGACCUUAGGCUGAACAUUAAGCUCAGUGAAUACUUAAUUGACUUGAUAUCCAUCCUAAGGGCCAUGUACUAGUAUGUUUUUGUCCUUACUAGUCAGACAAUGUAGUGUACUAGUAGACCAACUGUGGAAAACAAGUAAGGUCUUCCCCACUUAAGUUGGCUCGAUCUUAAAAUGGAUAUCAAGGUUCUCACGUUAAUGCCCAAACAGCUUUCCACAUGCUACUAGUAUGCAAUUGCACACUACUACGGCGUAAGUAGUUCAACUCUUCUGUUACAUAUCUGACAUUUCUGCCAUCUGUGAACUACUAGAAAAACCACAUUCGAUGUCAGGCAAAACUGUUUACGAGUUGACCAGUGUAUGCUCUUAAUAAUACUUAGGAUAUGAUUAAAUUCUAGUAGUUAACAUCUAGUGCUUCACUAGUAGUGCCAGUUGCACAAAGUUGUCAAGCGGUGCACAGUUUUACCUCACGAAUAAUGUAGUUGGACUUACUAGCGUCGAGAACUGAGAGUAGUGGGGAAGACGUUACGCUACUAGCGCGUAUUCUACGAGUGGACCCGAAUCGUUCCAACUUGACUAGACCGUACUAGUAGGUAGACCUUAAGCUGGUUAUCAAAUUUACUUCUGAAAUGGCUUUCCAUAAACGGCAAUUGGCGACAAGCAGAGGUUAGCACUGUGGAAUUUUGGUGAUUAUUGCUGUGUUUCGUCAAUGUUGUCGCUAGCUCAACUAGCCAAGCGCUGGCUGAAAGAGUGCACUAACACGCUAACGGUGACGGACCACAAUGAGACGAGGCCCUGUGACGGGAAUUCUGAUGUGUGCUUCAUUCCUUUGCGACCACAUUCCCACUAGUCGUCGUUUGGAAGAGUUGCUUUUUUUUCAAGAAUAUUUUUCUACACUUUUUUGUACAUCACGUGUGUGUCGGG